AUGGCUCUACCGUUCGAGCUUCUCAUCUCCAUCUUUGAUCUUGCAUGUUACCCUCCGCAGCCUCAAAUCUUCGAUCCCGCCCUGUGGACUGGCCACGAUCCAAUGUCGGGUGGAAAACAGGGUAUGCGCUUCCAACAAGGCCUUACGCUGAUAUGCAAAGCUUGGUCGGGACCGGCAAAAGAGCUCCUGUACCGCGACAUUACCAUCCGAACCGUCAACCAGCUCCCUCUUCUUGAACACACACUCUUGAAUGACUCAACCUCGGCGCUAGCUUUAAUGAUUAAAUCCCUUCGACUUCUAUGCGACGUCUCUCCCACCCAGCACCACCCUCAAAUCUUCGAUCCCGCCCUGUGGACUGGCCACGAUCCAAUGUCGGGUGGAAAACAGGGUAUGCGCUUCCAACAAGGCCUUACGCUGAUAUGCAAAGCUUGGUCGGGACCGGCAAAAGAGCUCCUGUACCGCGACAUUACCAUCCGAACCGUCAACCAGCUCCCUCUUCUUGAACACACACUCUUGAAUGACUCAACCUCGGCGCUAGCUUUAAUGAUUAAAUCCCUUCGACUUCUAUGCGACGUCUCUCCCACCCAGCACCACGUGCUUGAUCUCUCCCUCAGGCCGGUUUUAUGUAUGUGCACUCGCCUGAGACAUCUCGCGUUCAAUCCCGUCCUGGACCUAUUUCCUCAUCCUUUGUCUACGUUCACCCUCGAUUUGCAGACCCUCCCUCAAGCUCAUCAAGACACGCUCACACGCGUCGAGCUUGGUGUCUCUGUACCACUUUCACACGCAGUUCCCGAGUUGACCCAAUUUCCCAAUCUCGUCAUGCUCUCCUGCGAAGUGAACCUGCUGACGCCCACCGCUCAUGGCGACCCAUACAUACUCUCCCGCCUUGAAGAUCUGCGCCUCACGCUAUCCACCUCUGACUCAGUAGCCAUCAGCGACAGCUAUCGAUCGAUAACGUCCGCCCUCGAUCUUCCAGCCUUGUGCAAACUCUCGCUCACCGCGGUACAGGCGACGGCUCACGAUGUGCGCCCCUGUUACGCGCUCUUCCUCGCGAAACACGGCAGCCACCUGCGAUACCUCGCAAUAUACGGGAGCUUCUUCCUCGUUCUUGUCAUAGAGGAGCUCAUUCAGCAUUGCCCGAGCGUUGAACACCUCGUCGUUCCCCGCGUGCGCAGCCUUCAAAUGCUCGCGCAUCCGAACGUGGUGUGGCUCGACGCGUGGGACUACAUGACCGCGAGGCGACGGAGGCAGCCAAAGGACCCGUUAGAUGCGUUUGAGAACAUGCCGCGCCUGCGGGGCUUUCGCAUCAUUGAUCGCGCCUUCUUCCACAUCGCAGGUCCGGUUGUGCCCCUUGCUGCCCCGCCAUAUCUCGACGCAGAUGCCGUGUAG